AUGUUUACAGGAAGUGACAUGCUCAAUGGUCACGCACGCAGUCAAUCUCAAGAAGAGGUACCUGUAACAAUGCAGAGUAACGCGGAUUUCAAUGCAGUGCAACAGAAGCUUGCUGUCAAGAAACCAUUCAACAAGGGAAUAUUCAAGUACGUACUUCGUUAGGCGUUUGGCUUGUCAACGACCAUUAAAAGGUGUUAAGUGGUUCACUAGUGUUUAGCUUGCGGAUACACCCCUCUCUCCUCGCUCGCCGCUAGGGACUUUUCGCGGGAAAUAACCCAAGUGGUGAAGAGCGAGGACAGACAGCUGUAUGCGCGGGCUUUUUGUGGCUGUUUCCGCCGUGCCUAGUAGAUAUACGCCCUUAAUCUGUUCUAAACUCUUUUCAAAGAGUUCGCCAUGCAAGUUGAAGGUGGCAGGUCAAUACCUUGAAUAUACUGUGUGGAUUUGCGCGGGUCCAGUUUUGUUCUGGUAAUGGUUCAGGACCUACACUUCACAAGAACCGUUUUCUUUCUGAACCGCUGCUCGUAGGGGUGGAAGCGUUGGAGCGUAGAAGCGUAGAAGCGUGGAUGCCUGUAGCCUGCCAGUGCAUCCCAUCGCUGUCCAUCGCUUGGGGCGUUUACAAAAUUCCGUGUUGCGAUCUGGAAAGAGGUGAAAGUUGCAGUUCGUAAUGUCUGGUGGAAAUGGUGCGCAUCCCCUUGUGAUCAUUUGUGGUCAGUAGCUUUGAUUGCUAACAGCUGAAGACAGAUGGCCUUCUUCUUCUUUAUCACCAGCCAUCUUCUGUAAUUUACCACUAACGGUCCGGAGGAAAUUACUUUCCCUUAAUCUUAUGCGUAUUUUGAGUAUUUUAAGAGGUGAUAAAGUCAAGCAUUUUAUCUUCACUCACUUUUCAGGAUUGGAAAAGAAAGGAAAGGAGAUAACAAUUUAUCAGACAGCGAUGGCCUUUCCUUCAAGCACACGUAUAAUAGAGAAGUAUUGAUCGAUUUUCCCCCCGAGCAGCGUAAUCGACAGCUUGUCAAUCACUACGGGCAAGAAAAACCCUCCGACCGCGCCAAUAGGCUGCCGACUGGCAGCAAAAAAAAACACGACGUCAGGAACAAAGGCUACGACGAAAAACGACCAGCUCCGAUGUUGAAAGUCGGAAGAAUAAAAGUAACUAGACCUACUAGGGUUUAA